AUGAGCCAGCGUGAUCAGACCACCUCGUCAGGUCGGCUGAACGGCCUACACUAUUCCUUCGGAACCAGUGGCACUGGUCAUUCGUUCACAUGGAGCCCUCCGGCCUCUUCUGGAUCUCAGAACCAACUGAACCAUGCGGAGUUACCCCCUGAAAAGCGUCGAAGGCUCAAUGAGGUCCAGGUCAACUUUGAAGCGGAAGGAGUCGCCAAAAUCCGGCUGGGCGAGGGCAUGACACUUGACUUCACAUCGAAUCACAGAGAAGCGAAGAAAAAGCUUUCGGAUGUUGAAGCUGAGCGAGACCAGCUUCUACAGCGACUUGAUGAGACAGGCAAGAGCCACGAGGAGGCUCUCUCGAAAGUCAAAUCUGAGCGAGAGGAGUCUAUACGUGAUCUUCGUGAAGCCAGAUUGCUUUACGACAGGAUUACUUCCGCCAGCAGAGCUGAGAUGGCUAAGCUUCAGCAACAGCUGAAACAGGCCAAAGAAGAUAAUGAGAAGACGGAGCUGGAACUGGAAAAUGCGGAGGAUGAAGUCGAACGAUCGACCAUCGGCUCCCUUGACUCCAUGGAUACCGAGAUUUCUCCUUUGGUCAGAACCAUCAGAUAUCUACGAAACGACCACAGCAAGACGCUUGCACGUAACAAUAAGACUAUCGCUAAUAUCAAGAAGGAGCUUCAGAGCUCUCGAGACAAUCAUCGAGCUGUCUCGGGUUUAUUGAAGAUGCGCGAGAGGGAACUUGAGGCUUGUCGCGACCACAAUGCCAAGAGAAUCGACGGACUUCGUGAAUUCAAUACGAAAUACAUGGGCGAGAUUGGUAGCCUGCGGUCCAAGGUGAAAGAGCUCCAGGAUGCCUUGGACAAGCAGAAAGAAAAAACAAUCAUCGAACUAUAG